CGUAUGAGUCCGAGCUGCGGCGCGACGAAGACAAUCACAGGGUUCUACUUGGGAAGUAUUUGAUAAAGUAAACAGAAAUGGAUGAGUGGGAAGAGGAGGAAACUGCUACCAGCCAUGUCUCGAGUGAAGAUAUACAAGGAGGCUACUUGAACGGUGAUGGUAGUGAAUGGGGAAAGGGUCGUGGACGAGGCAGAGGCAGGCGAGGAGGAUUUGCAAACUCUUUCUCCUCAGGUGGUGAUGAGAAUGGGAAUGAUGUGAACGACUGGAACAAUACAGGAGGAGAAAGAGGUGGUUUCAGAGGUAGAGGAGGUCGAGGGCGUGGCCGAGGAUUUGGCAGGACGGAUCGGAGCGAAUUCGCUGGAGGAGACGACGGAGUGGCUGAAAAUGGGUUUAGAGGAGGAAGAGGCAGCAGAGGAGGAGGAGGUUUCAGACGAGGUGGUGAGCAGGGAGGCAGAGGAGGCUUUGGAGGAGGCUACCGUGGAAAAGAUGAGCAGAUCUUUGGUCGAGGGGAAGAUAAAGAGCCAGUAAAGGAGGAUGCAAGCAGUGCUGACAGACCAAGGAUCACAUAUGUUCCUCCGAGCCUCCCUGAAGACGAAGGCUCCAUUUUUGCCCACUAUGCGACAGGCAUCAACUUUGAUAAAUACGAUGACAUUAUGGUGGAUGUCAGUGGAACCAACCCACCAAAGGCACUCAUGAGUUUUGAUGAGGCAGCAUUGUGCGAGUCCUUGAGAAGAAACAUCAACAAAUCGGGUUACGUAAAGCCGACACCUGUGCAGAAGCACGGCAUCCCAAUCAUCUCCGCCGGCAGAGAUCUCAUGGCCUGCGCACAGACCGGAUCUGGUAAAACGGCUGCGUUCCUGCUCCCCAUUCUGCAGCAGCUGAUGGCAGACGGUGUGGCGGCCAGUGGCUUCAGUGAGCUGCAGGAGCCUGAAGCCCUCAUCGUGGCCCCAACCAGGGAGCUCAUCAACCAGAUUUUUCUGGAGGCCAGGAAGUUUGCCUUUGGGACAUGUGUGCGUCCAGUGGUCGUUUAUGGUGGAGUCAGCACUGCACACCAAGUAAGAGAAAUAGCAAGGGGAUGCAAUGUGCUGUGUGGAACUCCAGGGAGACUGCUGGAUAUGAUUGGGAGAGGAAAGGUUGGGUUGAAUAAGCUGCGGUACUUGGUGCUGGACGAGGCCGACCGCAUGCUGGACAUGGGCUUCGAGCCUGACAUGCGCCGCCUGGUGGGCUCGCCUGGAAUGCCGUCCAAAGAGAACAGACAGACUCUGAUGUUCAGCGCCACCUACCCUGAGGACAUCCAGAGGUUGGCAGCUGACUUCCUCAAGACCGACUACUUGUUCUUAGCUGUGGGUGUGGUGGGCGGAGCCUGCAGCGAUGUGGAGCAGACGUUUAUUGAAGUUACCAAAUUCUCCAAGAGGGAGCAGCUCCUUGACUUCCUAAAGACCAUUGGAACGGAGCGCACCAUGGUGUUUGUGGAGACGAAGAGACAAGCUGAUUUCAUCGCCACCUUCCUGUGCCAGGAGAAGGUUCCGACAACCAGCAUUCACGGUGACCGGGAGCAGAGGGAGCGGGAGCAGGCCCUGGCAGACUUCCGCUCGGGCAGAUGCCCGAUCCUGGUGGCGACCUCUGUGGCCGCCCGCGGCCUGGACAUUCCAGAUGUCCAGCACGUGGUGAACUUUGACCUCCCCAACAACAUUGACGAGUAUGUCCACCGCAUUGGGAGAACUGGCCGCUGUGGUAACAUCGGGAAGGCGGUGUCUUUCUAUGACCCAGAUGUUGACAGCCCAUUGGCUCGUUCCUUGGUCACAGUCCUGUCCAAGGCGCAGCAGGAAGUGCCCCCAUGGCUAGAAGAGUAUGCGUUCAGCUGCUCCACUACCGGAGGCGUCAACCCCCCCAGGAAGAACUUUGCCUCCACAGACUCCAGGAAGGGAGUGUCUUUUCAGGACAACAGCGUGACGAGCCAGCCGGCCACAGCUGAUGAUGAAGAAUGGGAGUAGAGGGGAUAUGAGAGCAGCACGCGCACACACACACACCUGAGUGUUACCUGAGUUCUUUUUCUGUGUUUCAUGUGUUCAGCUUUUUGUAGUUUUAUUACAGUGGUUUUGUUUCAAGCAAAAGAGAGUUUGUCUCAGGCUGGACGGCAGUUUAAAAAAAAAAAAAAAGUAAGGUGAGAUGUUAAACAGGGAAACUGGGUCUUUUGUAUAAACCAUCUUCACUGACCAGCAUAUUAUCGAAAGUUUGUUAUUUUUGGAAAAAUUUUUUCUAAUCAGUAGUUUCAUUUAACAUUGGUUAUGUGUCUGACCAAAAGUCAGAACUUAAAAAUGUCAUAUUCCAAAUAUAAUUUGUU